CUUUUCGUUUUCGUUCUGUGGAUUCGCGUGCGUCCACGACGGAACAAUCCAACUAACUCUAUAUGAUGGCCGAUCACUUAGACGAACCGCCCCAAAAGCGGGUCAAAAUGGAUCCAACGGAUAUCUCCUACUUUCUGGAGGAGAACCUGCCGGAUGAGCUGGUGUCCUCGAACAGCGGCUGGUCGGAUCAGUUGACCGGCGGCGCUGGUGGCGGCAAUGGAGGCGGCGGUGCCUCCGGCGUGACCACAAACUCCACAUCGGGACCCAAUCCCGGCGGAGGGCCCAACAAGCCGCCCGCCCAGGGACCCGGAGGACCUGGCUCCGGACCCGGUGGCGUCGGUGUCGGUGGUGUGAAUGUGGGCGUCGGCGGUGUUGUCGGCGUCGGCGUUGUGCCUUCCCAAAUGAACGGAGCCGGCGGCGGCAACGGUUCCGGAACUGGCGGCGACGAUGGCAACGGCAACGGCACCGGCACGGGCAACGCCAACAGGAUCAAUCAGAUGCCCCACCACCAGCUGCAGCACCUGCUGCAGCAGCAACAGCAGCAGCAGGGCCAAAAGGGCGCCAUGGUCGUUCCCGGGAUGCAGCAGCUGGGCAGCAAGUCGCCCAAUCUGCAGUCACCGAACCAGGGCGGCAUGCAGCAGGUGGUGGGCACGCAGAUGGGCAUGGUCAACUCGAUGCCCAUGUCGAUAUCGAAUAACGGCAACAACGGCAUGAAUGCCAUACCAGGCAUGAACACCAUCGCCCAGGGCAAUCUGGGCAACAUGGUGCUGACCAAUAGCGUUGGCGGCGGCAUGGGCGGCAUGGUCAACCAGCUGAAGCAGCAGCAGCCUGGCGGCGGCGGCGGCGGCAUGAUCAAUGCCGUCUCGGUGCCCGGCGGCCCAGGAGGACCCGGCUCGGGACCAGGAGGCGUUGGUGUGGGCGUGGGUGUCGGUGCCGGCGGCGGCGGUGCCGUAACCCCCAACCAGGGCAUGCACAUGCAGAACGGCCCCAUGAUGGGUCGCAUGGUCGGGCAACAGCACAUGCUACGCGGUCCACAUCUAAUGGGCGCCGCCACAGGAGCCGGCGGACCUGGCAAUGGACCCGGUGGCGGAGGACCACGCAUGCAGACGCCCAACAUGCAAAUGGGCCAACUCAACAGUCUGCCUUAUGGAGUGGGUUAUGGCGGACCCGGCGGCGGUAACAAUCCGCAGCAGCAACAGCAGCAGCAGCAACUGAUCGCCCAGCAGAUGGCCCAGCGCGGCGGCGUUGUGCCGGGAAUGCCGCAGGGCAAUCGGCCAGUCGCCACCGUGGUGCCCCUCUCCACCUUGGGAGGCGAUGGCUCCGUGCCCACUGGCCAGCUGGUUAGCGGGAAUCCGCAGCAGCAGCAGCAGCAGAUGCUGGCGCAACAGCAGCCCGGUGCGAUGGGUCCCCGACCUCCUCAGCCGAAUCAGCUGAUCGGGCAUCCCGGACAGCAGCAACAGCAGCAGCCGGGAACGUCGCAGCAGCAACAGCAGCAGCAGCAGCAGGGCGUGGGUCUCGGCGGAGCCGGUGGCGUUGUCACCGGUGCGGGAACGGUGGCCGGUGUGCCGGCAGUCGCUGGCGGCGGCGCCGGCGGUACGGUACAAGCAGUCGGUCCCGGCGGCGGCGGCAAUCGCGACGUGCCCGACGAUCGCAAGCGCCAGAUCCAGCAGCAGUUGAUGCUGCUGCUCCAUGCCCACAAGUGCAAUCGCCGCGAGAACCUGAACCCCAACCGCGAGGUGUGCAACGUCAACUACUGCAAGGCGAUGAAGACGGUGCUGGCGCACAUGGGCAGCUGCAAGCAGAGCAAGGACUGCACCAUGCAGCACUGCGCCUCCUCGCGCCAGAUCCUGCUCCACUACAAGACGUGCAUGAACAGCAACUGCAUCAUCUGCUACCCCUUUCGCCAGAACCACUCCGGUCCGGGCGGAAAUGCUGGACCGGCGCCCGUUGGAGCCGCCGGCGGCGGUGGAGCAGGCGGUGCUGGUGGCAAUCUGCAGCAGCAACAGCAGCAGCAGCAGCAGAACCAGCAGGCCAAUCUGACCGGCCUGGUGGUGGAUGGGAAGCAGCAGGGACAGCAGCAGGUGGCACCGGGAGGAGGUGGUCAGAACACUGCCAUAGUGCUAUCCCAGCAACAGGGAGCGGGCGGAGCACCCGGGGCGCCCAAGACGCCGGCGGACAUGGUGCAGCAGCUGGCCCAGCAGCAGCAGCAGGUCCAUCAGCAGCAGGUGCAGCAGCAGCAGGAGCUCCGUCGCUUCGAUGGCAUGGGCCAGGUGGGACUAUCGCCCGUUCCCGCCGGCGGAAUGCAACAGCAGGGUCUGCCGCCCGUGAUUCGCAUGCAGGGCGCCCAGCCGGCUGUUCGCGUUCUGGGACCAGGCGGUCCCGGCGGACCAGGCGGUCCCGGCGGACCAGGCGGACCCAAUGUCCUGCCCAACGAUGUGAACAGCAUGCAGCAGCAGCAGCAGCAACAGAUGCUCCAACAACAGCAGCAGCAGCAGCAGGGCCAGAACCAGCGACGCCGCGGUGGCCUGCCCAACAUGGUGGAGCAACAGCAGCAGCAGCAACAGCAGCAACCCAAUCCCGCCCAGCUGGGUGGCAACAUUCCAGCACCACUCUCGGUCAACGUCGGUGGCUUCGGCAAUGCCAAUUUCGGUGGCGGUGGCGCCGCCGGCGGCGGUGGAGCCAAUGACAAGCUGAAGGUGGCCCAAGUGCAUCCGCAGAGUCACGUUGUUGGCGCCGGUGGCGGAGGAGGAGCGGCCACAGCGCCCGGCGGCGGUGGUGCGGGUGGCGGCGGUCAGGUGGCCGCCGGAUCGAGUGUCCUCAUGCCCGCCGAUACGACGGGCAGCGGUGGCAACGCGGGCAAUCCCAAUCAGGGCGCCGCAACGGGAGGAGCAACUGGCGGAGGCGGAGUUCCCGGCGGUGGCGGCGGCAAUGGUGGGAGCGCCGGAACGGCCGGCGACAACGAGAAGGACUGGCGGGAAUCGGUGACCGCCGAUCUGCGCAACCAUCUCGUCCACAAGCUGGUGCAGGCCAUCUUCCCCACCUCGGAUCCCACCACCAUGCAGGACAAGCGGAUGCACAACCUCGUCUCGUAUGCGGAGAAGGUCGAGAAGGACAUGUACGAGAUGGCCAACUCCCGUUCCGAGUACUAUCACCUGCUGGCCGAGAAGAUCUACAAGAUCCAGAAGGAGCUGGAGGAGAAGCGGCUGAAGCGCAAGGAGCAGCACCAGCAGCAGCUGAUGAUGCAGCACCAGCAGCAGGGCGGAGUUGCCAAUCCGGUGGCCGGCGGCGGCGGUGGAGCAGGAGGAGCAGCUGGCGGUGGAGCCGGCGGUGCAGCGGGCGGUGCGGCCGGAGUGGUUCUCUCGCCGCAGCAACUGCAGCAGCAGCAGCAGCAACAGGGCCAGCAGCAACAGCCGUUGCAGAGCUGCCUCCAUCCGAGCAUCAGUCCGAUGGGCGGAGGAGUGAUGCCGCCGCAGCAGCUGCGUCCGCAGGGUCCACCCGGCAUCCUCGGCCAGCAGACGGCGGCCGCUCUGGGCGUCGGCGUGGGUGUCGCCAACAACAUGGUGGCCAUGCGCAGUCACUCGCCCGGCGGCAACAUGCUCACCCUGCAGCAGCAGCAGCGCAUGCAGUUCCCGCAGCAACAACAGCAGCAGCAGCAACAGCCGCCCGGUUCUGGAGCGGGCAAGAUGCUCGUUGGCCCCCCAGGACCCAGUCCCGGUGGCAUGGUGGUCAAUCCGGCGCUGUCGCCCUACCAGACGACCAAUGUACUGACCAGUCCGGUGCCCGGACAGCAGCAACAGCAGCAGUUCAUCAAUGCGAACGGCGGCACUGGAGCCAACUCUCAGCUGAGCGAGAUCAUGAAGCAGCGACACAUCCACCAGCAGCAGCAGCAGCAGGCGCAGCAACAGGCGCAACAGCAGCAGCAACAACAGCAGCAGCAGCAGCAGGGAAUGUUGCUGCCGCAGUCGCCGUUCAGCAAUGCCACGCCCCUGCAGCAACAGCAGCAGGCUACCAGCAACAGCUUCAGCUCUCCGAUGCAGCAGCAGCAAGGGCAGCAGCAGCAGCAGCAGCAGCAACAGCAACAGCAGCAGCAGCAACAGAAACCCGGAAGUGUGCUGAACAACAUGCCGCCAACGCCGACGAGUCUGGAGGCACUGAAUGCGGGUUCCGGAGCGCCUGGAACGGGAGGAUCCUCCUCGAAUGUAACGGUUUCAGCUCCCAGUCCAUCGCCCGGGUUCCUCUCCAACGGACCAUCGAUUGGCACACCCUCCAAUAGCAACAACAACAGCAGCAACAAUAACAAUAACAACGGCAGCAGUGCGAACAACAACCCGCCUUCGGUGAGCAGUCUGAUGCAACAGCCGCUGAGCAAUCGUCCCGGUUCGCCACCGUACAUACCCGCCUCCCCAGUGCCGGCGACCAGUGCCUCUGGCCUGGCGGCCAGCAGUACGCCCGCCUCGGCGGCGGCCACGUGUGCCUCCAGCGGCAGUGGCAGCAACAACAGCAGCAGUGGCGCCACCGCAGCGGGCGUCAGUUCGGGCGGCUCGUCAUCUGCCUCGUCAGCGGGCUCGGGUACGCCACUCAGUUCUGUGUCCACACCCACGUCCGCCACGAUGGCCACGAGCAGCGGUGGCAACGGAGGAGCAGGCGGAGGAGCAACCUCUACGACGGCAGCUAGCAAUCCCCUGCUCCUGAUGUCGGGGGCAAGUGGAAGCGGAAGCGGAGCGGCGGGUGCCGCGACCACCACAUCGACAUCGUCCUCGUCCAGCAGUCGCAUGAUGAGCAGCUCCAGCAGUCUCUCCUCGCAGAUGGCCGCUCUGGAGGCUGCGGCGCGGGACAACGACGACGAGACACCAUCGCCAUCCGGCGACAAUACGAACGGCAGCGGUGGCAGCGGUGGGAACGCCGGUGGCGGCAUGGCCUCCAAGGGCAAGUUGGACUCGAUCAAGCAGGAGGACGACAUCAAGAAGGAGUUCAUGGACGACAGCUGCGGCGGCAACAACGACAGCUCUCAAAUGGACUGCUCGACGGGCGGCGGCAAGGGCAAGAACGUGAACAACGACGGCACCAGCAUGGUCAAGAUGGAGAUCAAAACGGAGGACGGUGCCGAUGGCGAGGUGAAGAUCAAGACGGAGGUGAUGGACGUGGACGAGGCUGGCGGCUCCACUGCCGGUGAUCACCAUGGCGAAGGCGGCGGCGGUGGUGGUGGCAAGGACAACAUCAAUGGCGCUCAUGAUGGCGGAGCGGGAGGCAGUGCGGUGGACAUCAAACCGAAGACGGAUACGAAACCGUUGGUCCCCGAACCACUGGCUCCCAAUGCGGGUGACAAGAAGAAGAAGUGCCAGUUCAAUCCUGAAGAGCUGCGCACCGCCUUGCUGCCAACGCUGGAGAAGCUGUAUCGCCAGGAGCCCGAGUCCGUGCCCUUUCGCUAUCCCGUUGAUCCGCAGGCUCUGAGCAUUCCCGACUACUUCGAGAUCGUGAAGAAGCCCAUGGACCUGGGCACCAUACGCACGAACAUCCAGAACGGCAAGUACAGUGAUCCCUGGGAGUAUGUGGACGAUGUGUGGCUGAUGUUCGACAACGCCUGGCUGUACAAUCGCAAGACCUCGCGGGUCUAUCGCUACUGCACAAAGCUUUCCGAAGUCUUUGAGGCGGAGAUCGAUCCUGUGAUGCAGGCAUUGGGAUACUGCUGCGGCAGGAAGUACACGUUCAAUCCCCAGGUGCUCUGCUGCUACGGCAAGCAGCUCUGCACGAUUCCUCGCGACGCCAAGUACUACAGCUACCAGAACAGUCUAAAGGAAUACGGUGUCGCCUCAAAUAGAUACACAUACUGCCAAAAGUGCUUUAACGACAUCCAGGGCGAUACGGUCACACUGGGAGACGAUCCACUGCAGUCGCAAACUCAAAUCAAAAAGGACCAGUUCAAGGAGAUGAAGAACGACCACCUGGAGCUGGAACCCUUUGUCGAUUGCCAGGAGUGCGGACGCAAACAGCACCAGAUCUGUGUGCUCUGGCUGGACUCGAUCUGGCCGGGCGGAUUUGUGUGCGACAACUGCCUGAAGAAGAAGAACUCCAAGCGGAAGGAGAACAAGUUCAAUGCCAAGCGCCUGCCGACCACCAAACUGGGCGUCUACAUCGAGACGCGGGUGAACAACUUCCUCAAGAAGAAGGAGGCGGGCGCCGGCGAGGUGCACAUCCGUGUGGUCAGUUCGUCCGAUAAAUGCGUCGAGGUGAAGCCCGGCAUGCGGCGGCGAUUCGUGGAGCAGGGCGAGAUGAUGAACGAGUUCCCGUAUCGGGCAAAAGCCCUGUUCGCCUUCGAGGAGGUGGACGGCAUCGAUGUCUGCUUCUUCGGCAUGCACGUCCAGGAAUACGGAUCCGAGUGCCCGGCGCCGAAUACGCGGCGUGUGUACAUCGCCUAUCUGGAUUCCGUGCACUUCUUCCGGCCAAGACAAUACCGUACGGCGGUAUAUCACGAAAUCCUGCUCGGCUACAUGGACUACGUCAAGCAGUUGGGCUAUACAAUGGCCCACAUCUGGGCGUGUCCGCCGUCCGAGGGCGACGACUACAUCUUCCACUGCCAUCCGACGGACCAGAAGAUACCCAAGCCGAAGCGACUGCAGGAGUGGUACAAGAAGAUGCUCGACAAGGGCAUGAUCGAGCGCAUCAUCCAGGACUACAAGGACAUCCUCAAGCAGGCGAUGGAGGACAAGCUGGGCUCCGCCGCCGAGCUGCCCUACUUCGAGGGCGACUUCUGGCCCAACGUUCUGGAGGAGAGCAUCAAGGAGCUCGACCAGGAGGAGGAGGAGAAGCGCAAGCAGGCCGAGGCAGCCGAAGCAGCAGCGGCAGCAAAUCUCUUCUCGAUCGAGGAGAACGAGGUCAGCGGCGAUGGCAAAAAGAAGGGCCAGAAGAAGGCCAAGAAGUCGAACAAGUCGAAGGCGGCGCAGCGCAAGAACAGCAAAAAGUCCAACGAACACCAGUCGGGCAACGAUCUCUCCGCCAAGAUUUACGCGACCAUGGAGAAGCACAAGGAGGUCUUCUUCGUCAUCCGUUUGCAUUCGGCGCAGUCGGCAGCGAGUUUGGCGCCCAUCCAGGAUCCCGAUCCGCUGCUCACAUGCGAUCUGAUGGACGGACGCGACGCCUUCCUGACCCUCGCCCGCGACAAGCACUAUGAGUUCUCGUCGCUGCGACGGGCCCAGUUCUCCACCCUGUCCAUGUUGUACGAGCUGCACAACCAGGGCCAGGACAAGUUCGUCUACACCUGCAACAACUGCAAGACGGCGGUUGAGACGCGCUACCACUGCACCGUCUGUGAUGACUUUGAUUUGUGCAUCGUGUGCAAGGAGAAGGUCGGCCAUCCGCACAAGAUGGAGAAGCUCGGCUUCGACAUCGACGACGGCUCGGCGCCGGCGGAUCACAAGCAGGCGAACCCGCAGGAGGCCCGCAAACAGUCCAUCCAGCGCUGCAUCCAGUCCCUGGUGCACGCCUGCCAGUGCCGCGAUGCCAACUGCCGUUUGCCGUCCUGCCAGAAGAUGAAGCGCGUCGUCCAGCACACGAAGAACUGCAAGCGCAAGACGCACGGCGGCUGUCCCAUCUGCAAGCAGCUCAUCGCCCUCUGCUGCUACCACGCCAAGCACUGUCAGGAGCAGAAGUGCCCCGUGCCCUUCUGUCCCAACAUCAAGCACAAGCUCAAGCAACAGCAGCUCCAGCAGAAACUCCAGCAGCAGCAAUUGCUGCGCCGUCGUGUGGCACUCAUGUCCCGAACGGCGGCUCCGGCCGCUCUGCCCGGACCGGUGGCAGUCAGCGGAUCAACGGUCGUCGCCGGCGGCGUUCCCGUUGUGGGAAUGUCCGGCGUGGCCGUCAGCCAGCAAGUGAUGCCGGGCCAGGCGGGCAUCUUGCCACCGGGAGCUGGCGGCAUGUCGCCGUCAACCGUGGCGGUGCCCUCGCCCGUUUCCGGUGCAGCCGGUGCCGGUGGAAUGGGCGGCAUGACCUCGCCGCAUCCGCAUCAGCCGGGCAUCGGAAUGAAGCCAGCCGGUGGUCACUCGCCAUCGCCGCACGUCCUGCAGGUGGUGAAACAGGUGCAGGAGGAGGCGGCCCGCCAGCAGGUCUCGCACGGCGGUGCCUUUGCCAAGGGCGGUCCGAUGGCGCCGCCCGGCAUGAACCGUUCGAUGGGCGGAGCCGGACCCAAUCCCAAUGUGGUCAAUCAACUGGGCGGCAUGGGCGUCGGCGUUGGAGGCGUGGGCGUCGGAGGCGUUGGUGUCGGUGGCGUCGGCGUCGGAGGCGUUGGCCAACUGGGCUCCGGUGGCGGUGGCAAUCCCACUGGCGGCCCAGUUCCCGGCUCCGGCAACUGCGGACUGAACGUGCUGAACGCCAAUCACCUGCUGCCCAUGGAUCAGUGGGGCGGUGGAGGCGCCGGCGGCGGAGGAGCCAAUCCGGGCGGGGGAAAUCCCCAGGCACGCUAUGCGAACAAUGCGACUGGAAUGCGCCAGCCCACGCAGCUGAUGCAGCCCAAUCUGAUGCAGCAGCAGCAGCAGCAACAGCAGCAGCAGCAGCAACAACAACAGCAGCAACAGCAGCAGCAGCAGAUGAUGGGCCUGGGCGGACCCAACCAGCUGGGCGGCGGACAAAUGUCCGUCGGCGGACAGCACGGCGGCAUGGGAAUGGGCAUGGGCGCACCGCCGAUGGCCGGCACCGUUGGCGGAGUGCGUCCGCCUCCGGGAGCCGGCGGAGGAGGCGGUGGCGGCAGUGCCACCGGCCAAGUGCUGAACACCCAACAGCUCGCCCAGAUCAUGCAGAAGAUCAAGAACAAUCCCACCAACGAGAGCAACCAGCACAUUCUCACCAUCCUCAAGCAGAAUCCGCAGAUCAUGGCGGCGAUCAUCAAGCAGCGCCAGCAGAGCCACCAGUCGCAGAUCAAUGCGGCGACGGGCGGCGGAGCACCUGGUGGACCCGGCGGCGGAGCCCUGCAGCAGCAGCAGACGGGCAACGGGCCGCAGAACUCGCAGCAGCAGCAGCAACAGCAGCAGCAGCAGCAACAGGUGCUGCAGCAGCAGCAGAUGCAGCACAUGAUGAACCAGCAGCAGCAGGGCGGCGGUGGCCCCCAGCAGAUGAAUCCCAACCAGCAGCAGCAGCAGGUCAACCUCAUGCAGCAGCAGCAACAAGGUGGACCCGGUGGACCCGGCAGCCUGCCGCACCGCGUGCCCAACAUGAUGCUGCAGAACCUGCCACCCAACAUGUCGCCCGGCGUCUCCACCCAAGGAGGAAUGGUGCAAAACCAGAACUGGAACAAGAUGCGCUACAUGCAGAUGUCGCAGUACCCGCCGCCGUAUCCGCAGCGCCAGCGCGGUCCGCACAUGGGCGGAGCGGGACCCGGACCCGGCCAGCAGCAGUUCCCCGGCGGCGGCGGCGGCGGAGCCGGAAACUUCAAUACGGGCGGUGCCGGCGGAGCUGGAGGCGUGGUCGGAGUGCCCGGCGGCGGUGGCGCCGUGCCCGGCGGUGAUCAAUACUCGAUGGCCAGUGCGGCGGCCGCUGGCAACAUGCUGCAGCAGAACCAGGUGGGCGUCGGCGUCGGUGUGGGCGUGGGCGUCGGAGUGGGCGUGAAGCCGGGACCCGGACAGCAGCAACAGCAGAUGGGCGUGGGCAUGCCGCCGGGAAUGCAGCAACAGCAACAGCAGCAGCAGCAGCAACAACAGCAGCAGCAGCAACAGCCGCUGCAGCAACAGCAGAUGAUGCAGGUGGCCAUGCCGAAUGCCAACGCCCAGAAUCCGUCGGCGGUUGUGGGCGGCGGCGGCGGGGGUGGACCCAAUGCCCAGGUGAUGGGCCCACCGACACCGCACUCGCUGCAGCAGCAGCUGAUGCAGUCGGCCCGCUCCUCGCCGCCCAUCCGCUCGCCGCAGCCGACGCCCUCGCCGCGUUCGGCUCCCUCGCCGCGUGCCGCUCCGUCCGCCUCGCCAAGAGCCCAGCCCUCGCCGCACCACGUGAUGAGCAGCCAUUCGCCGGCGCCGCAGGGCCCGCCGCACGAUGGCAUGCACAACCACGGGAUGCACCAUCAGUCGCCGCUCCCCGGCGUCCCCCAGGAUGUGGGCGUGGGCGUAGGCGUUGGCGUCGGUGUCGGUGUCGGCGUUAAUGUUGGCAACGUGGGCGUUGGCAAUGCGGGAGGAGCCCUGCCCGACGCCUCCGACCAGCUGACCAAGUUCGUCGAGAGACUCUAGUGCAGCAGCAACAGCAGCGGAGGCAGCAGCAACAGCAACAGCAGCAUAAACAGCAGCAACAACAACAACAACGGCAGCUACAACGGGUGGUAGCCACAGAGACUGAGAAUGUCCACAUAUAUAGAAGAAGAAGAACAACCGACGACCAACAACAACACAGCAUCAAUAAUAAUUAGAAGAAGAAGAAGAACAACAACCAACAUCCGCCAGCAGGGAUCACCAGUGUGUGUUAAACUUUAUCGACUAUAAUAUACUUAAUACUUAAUAUUAUUAUUAUUUUUUUUUUUCGAACACCGCACCCCUAUUGUAUAGCGUUAUGAUAUAAUUAUGCCCGACAAAUAUCACACCUAAUUUGUACUGUAGCUUAAGACAUCCCCACCACCACUAUAGAGAUCCCCUAUUUUAAGUCUAGGACAAAAUUUGAACAAAGCAUCUUGAUUCGAUUUCCAUUUUUAAGUCCGCUCUAAAGCAAAUAUAUAUAUCAAUAUAUUUCGUAUGCCCUAAUAACACACAAAAACACACGAUGUAUUAAUGAAUGCAAUUCCUUUGUUCCCACUCAAACCGAAAGUAGAAAGCUCUAGGAAAUCAUCGAUCAGGAUCAGGAUCAGGAUAAAUGAGGAUAAGGAGAGGGUGGUGUCGAGGUGGGUGACAACGUUUAAAACGUUGAGCGAAAGCUGACAACCUUUCCUUAGUGACUUAACUUUUAAGCAGCGAAAGUCGAGAUGUGUUAAAACGUGUAAACAUUAUUUAUUUUGUGACUCCGCCACGAGAAAAGCAGACGAACCAAUGCCACUCAGUUGAAAGUUUGUGUGGAAAGUGAGUUAAGCAGGAGAAGGAGGAGAAGGAUUAGGGCGUGUUGUAAAGUUGAAUUAAGUUUUUUGUACCCUUGUAGUGUUGUAAGCCAGUGGACAGACGACAAUGACGAUGACGAUGACGAUAACGGACGUAGUUGAUGACGACGCGACGCAAUUCACCCGACCAUCCGCAUCCGCACAAGAAAAUAUAUAGCCUAUAGUGAACAUGUGCCUGUUGGCGAUCGGCAGUUGAUUAAGUGCUCCUUAUAGGAGCUUCAAAUUUGGGAACACGCAUAGAGUAAAUACAUAUUUUUAUACACUGAUCGAACGGAAUAGGAAUCUGAAAAUCGAAAUCGGUAACGAGAUCGGAAUCGGAGGCCCUCAUCCUUAACGCAACCCCACAUCUGAACACCCAGGUAUCACUUCCAGUUGACAGACAACAAUAAAUAUAAACGAGGAUGAGGAUGAGGAGUUGUAGGAGUAGUAGGAGGAUUAGAGAUGAGGUUUUAGGGGAAUCAGGAAUCAGGACAGUAGCAAACGAAACACCAAACAGAUUAGCAUCGGAGCAGGAUGAACGGGGGAGCGAUACGAAAGGGAGUAUGAUUAACAAAAGCAACAAAAUAGCAAUAGCCAAAAUGCUUUGAAAACAGUUUUUAGGGUACUUGAACUAUUUAAGGAACUAACAUUUACAACACACAUAUAUAUAUAUAUGUAUAUGUAUAUGCGUAUAUGUAUGUAUAUAUAUUAUUCAUACGUAGGACAACAAAUUAGAGUUGUAUUUCUAACAAAUUGUUCACGAUUGAUUGUUUAUAUUGAUUAAGGAUCUACGUUUAAGGACCGCCUCGUGUGUGUGUGUGUGUGUGCGAUUGAGUGUGUGUUUGUAUGCGAGUGUGUGUGUGCGCGUUCCUAAUUCCUCGAUUAACAUACAACCAUUUGAUUUCGACCUUUUUGUACAUAACUUACUGUUUUACUUAGUAUUUGAUUUUGUGAUAGCCAAAAGAAAAAAAAAGGAAAAGGAUAAGGAGCGCCAAUCCCAUUUGUCUCAAAAGCAGGAAGGAUUUUAUACGGGGGACGCAGGAUCGAUUGCUAUUUAUUAACGCUAAAACCAUACAACAAAAACAAAACAUCUAGGCUAUAGACUUUUUAGACUAAAACGCGAUUUAGGUUUAUCACUAUUUAUUAGACGUAGUCUGUAGUUUCCAACUGGGUUCUUUCAUUAUUCGGAUUGUAUCACGUCUAUACUAUGAUUUUUGUGUCGUAUAUCUUUAGGAUGGUAUGUGGGAGGGAAGGAGGUGUUAUUGUUUUCGUUUUCCAACUGUUUUCUUUCUACCAGUUGCCGCCGCCCAAGAAUCAGACAGAGACGGAAGACAGUGCGAGAGAGCGAGACAGUAGAUGCUGAAGAUUUGAGGAGAUUUUUUGUAAAUUUUAGAUAUUAGGAUACUAAUUCACUGCGCAUAAAAAAUGCCUUCGAUUGCGACAUGAGCAAGUAACUAACAUUAAUGUAAAUACCCAACUGACACACACACAUAUACAUACAUAAAUACGAAUACAAAUACAGAUACAAUAUAUAUAAACAUAUAUAUAUAUUUACCGAUCACUGAUAAACGAUUACUGAUAGGUGUAGUACGCGAAAGUUUGUAAAAUCCAAUGCCCUAGUUCGUAAGCCGCGCAUACAUAUAUCGAAACAAUCGGUUAUAUCGUUUAUAUAUAUAGGUCAACACCGCCACACACACACAUAUAGGGCAUAUAUAUACAUGUAUCGGGAUAUAUAAUUUUAGCUAGUGUGUUUUUAAACGAAACGCGCAUAGUUUCUUUAGCUAAGCGAAAGACAACAUUGGAAAACCAACUAAAAAGCUGCGCCUGCCACCGAUAAAACCGAUAACACAAAACUAAAAUAGAAAAGUGCGAAACCCACGCUGCGCUGCACACAAUCAAAACAAAAAAAAACAGACACCAAAAACAAAAAACUAAAAAAUAAUACAAGUUAAAGUAAAUAUUAUUAUAUAUAGAAACGAAAACAUACUCAAGUCACUGGGCUCUGCCGCCGAAUGCCUUUGUACUUUUAAACGUAUGGAACAAUGAUCGGUAAUUGUUUAUCGACAAUCGUUGCUCGAUAAUAGUUGCGAUAACAAGACGCUGCCUUUAAAACGCAGACGCCGCGUGCUGGUGCAAAACAAAUAAAAAAUAAAACUAAACUUAAAAAAUAGUUAUCGGAUUAGCGGGCGCAGCGUUUAAUUAUUAAUUAAACCCACGAUAGUAACCAAAAAAGAAAAGAGGAAGACGCGAGGGGACAGAGAGGGAAAGAGCUGCUUGCCGUCUUUUUUCUGCGCAUUGUUUUUGUUUUUAUACCACACAGUCAGCAGCAAUGAACAAAGUUAUGGGUGUGAAAGAGAGCGAGAGAGAGAGUGGCUGAAUGAGUGUGCGAGUGCAAGUGGCAAAGACACAUCAAUUAUCGUUUUUUAACCGUUUAAAGAGCGAAAGAAAGAAAGAGAGAGAGCAUAUUCCAAAACUAUUUGUGAUUACAAUUAUAUAUGAUGAAAGAAGAGGUGGAAGUUAAAAAAAGGAAGUAAAGCCGGAAACCAGAAAACCAGAAAACUUAGAAGCAACACAAAACGCAUUAACCGGAUGAUACCUAGAGUUUAAGCCUUAGUCUAAAAACCAGCGCUAUAUACACAUUUAUAUAUAGAUACGAUCGAUCACACGAGAGCGGGGGAUAUAUAUACAUAAAUAUAUAUAUAUGAAAGUAGUUAAGCCAACUUGUAAAUUAUAAAAUGAACAUUUAUUCUAAAUGCAGUAGCAGCGGAAAAACAAAACAAAAAAAGAAAAACAAACGAAGAACGUUAACCGAAGACGAAGCACUUUGCUAAACGCGUUUAUUAUUAUGCAUACAAAAUGUAAUUUCUUAUAAUAAAAACCCAGAAAACACAAAAAAAAAUGAACUCGAGAAAGGGGAUAAACAAAAAACACAAAAAGGAUGCGAAGAAUAGAUAAGUCAAGUGUAAAGUAAACCAAGCCUUAGUAAAAACUAGUUCUAACACAACAACCACAACAACAAAACAAGAGAUAACAAAUGGAAAAACAAAAACGAAAGAGAAAGAGAAACGAUUGAUACUAAUAACUAAUAUUAAUAAUAAUGAGUACGAUAAUGUUUAUGCUAAUGAUUACGAUAACGAUAAAUGAUAAAUGAUAAACCGUUAUGACAUAAUAACUACUUGUAAAAUAGUGCGACAGUUAAGCUGAUAAGAUGACUUUGACUUUUCUAUCAGAUUUCAUUAAUUUAAUGACACCCAACACCACCCCCAAAAACACACACACACCCACAUCCCCCUUCCCACACACACAAACACUUCAUACACAUCCAUUACAUGAGUGUAUGAAUUAACAUAAAUAUAUAAAUAUUUUUUUUACUAUUAUUACGAUGAUUAUAAUUAUUAAUACUAUUAUUGUUUCUACCAGUCUCUAUCUCCUACUUUAUUUCCCUUCCUUUUUUGUCGUAUUGAUGCAAAAUCACAGCGAACCAAGCGAAACAAAACAAAGCAAACAAAAACAACAAAAUAAAAAACCAACAACACUGUAAUUAACUAAAUACUUUGCUUGAAAGUGUAAAAUAAAUUAAUUUAAAUAAAAAUUAUGAAAUUAAAUCGAA